AUGGAGCUUUCAAGCAGCGAGAGCUGUGAUCCCCUGCCCAUGCAGUCAACGGUUACUCUGAAUGUCGUCGGUAAGGAUCUGGCCGAAAGCCAAGAGGUCUACAAUCCCCUGGAACACCGGAAUGUAACACAUCCAACGUCGACUGUCGGUUCGUUCUUCCACCUUCUGAAGUCUUCUCUGGGCACGGGGCUCUUGGCGAUGCCUGCUGCAUUCAAGCACACUGGAAUGAUACCUGGAUGCAUCGGGACCGCCCUAGUUGGACUCAUAGCGACGCACUGCGUUCAUAUUUUAGUCACUACAUCGCGUGAAAUAUGCAGACAUUGCCAAGUCAGUUCGUUGUGCUACACAGAAACAUGUGAAAAGGUGUUUAUGCACGGCCCCAAAAGUUUGAGAAAGUAUUCUCAAUUCGUCAGGCAUUUUGCUGAUUACGCGAUGGCAUGUGUGUGCUUAGGCGGCACUAGCGUAUACGUCAUAUUCAUCGCAACCUCUCUGAAAGACAUUUUCGAUCACUUCAUUCCGGCCCAAACGUUUACUGCGAAGGAGUACUGUGGGUUCUUGUUGCUGCCUCUAAUCGUUUUGACGCAAGUGAGGCAUUUGAAAUUCCUCGUUCCAUUUUCCUUGUUGGCGAACAUUUGCCUGCUGUUGACGUUUCUGGUGACAUGCUACUAUACAUUUAGCGACGUGGAUCAGUUUUCUGAAGUGAAGCUUGUAUCGGGCAUAGCAGAGUGGCCACUCUUUUUAAGCACAGCAAUAUUCGCUAUGGAAGGUAUCAACGUCGUGAUGCCGGUUGAGAACGAAAUGAAGAAUCCGCAACACUUCCUUGGCUGCCCCGGCGUGCUGAAUAUCACAAUGGCUCUCGUCGCCGCACUGUACACGGUGGUCGGUAUAUUCGGUUAUUUGAAAUAUGGCGAGGAUGCCAAAGGCAGCAUCACUCUAAAUCUGCCGCAGGAUGAGAUUUUGGCGUUAACAGCCAAAGUGAUGGUCGCAUUAGCGGUUUAUUUCACAUAUUGCUUACAAAUGUACGCACCGAUGGAUAUAAUAUGGACGCGAGUUAAGGGCUCAAUUAGGCAGAAGUAUUACAACGUCGGGCAAAUAUUGCUCAGAACUUUUAGCGUCAUUCUGACUGUUGUUCUGGCUAUCGCUGUUCCAGAUCUAGAACUGUUGAUCGGGCUCGUCGGCGCGAUUUUCUUUUCAACAUUGGGACUGUUCAUUCCGAUAGUUGUCGAAACCGUGCACAAAUGGGAGCGGGGUAUGGGGAGAUUCAAAUACAUCUUGUGGAAAAACGCUCUGUUAAUGUUGUUCUAUCUUUUGGUGUUGAUCUCCGGAUGCUAUUCCUCUAUCAAGGAAAUCAUAAUAAAGUACAGU